CGUACAUCGAAUUUUAAUGGUUCUACAUUUAUGCAUUGUUUUUGUCUCUUUCAGUACUUAUAUUUUGCUUGUAUGCAAGAUCAUUUAGAUAGACCAAUAGCGAUGCGUUUGACAUUAAGUACAUUUUUGAAUGCUUUUUUUUCAGGUACAGGUAAGAUCUAGCGAAAUAAACAAAGUCGUCAGUUACGAUGUCUGGAAAUACAAAAGAUCGCAUUGCCAUAUUUCCAUCUCGAAUGGCUCAGACCAUGAUGAAGGCUCGCUUAAGAGCUGCUCAAAAGGGACAUAGCUUGUUGAAGAAGAAGACUGACGCACUAAACAUGCGUUUUCGUUCAAUUUUAGGGAAGAUUGUAGAGAAUAAGAACUUGAUGGGUGAAGUACUUCGUGAAGCAAGUUUUUCAUUAGCGAAAGCUAAGUUCACUGCUGGUGAUUUCUCACAUAUCGUUAUCCAAAAUGUCUCACGUGCUCAACAUCGCGUCCUCAUGAAGACGGAGAAUAUUGUAGGUGUUUUCCUGCCAGUUUUUGAUUCAUAUAUUGAUGGACCCGAUACAUACGAUCUGACUGGUCUUGGUAAAGGUGGUGGAAAUAUCGCGAAGUUGAAAAAAAACUAUAGUCAUGCAGUAGAGUUGUUGGUUGAAUUGGCAACAUUACAAACAUGCUUUUUAACUCUCGACGAAGCUAUUAAGAUUACUAAUCGGCGUGUUAAUGCUAUUGAACAUGUGAUUAUUCCAAGGAUCGAAAAUACACUUCUGUACAUUGUUACCGAACUGGAUGAAAUGGAGCGUGAAGAGUUCUAUAGAAUGAAAAAAAUACAAGCACAAAGGAAGAAGAUUCGUGCUGAGGCAGAAAAAGCGGAGGCGGAUUAUCAAAUGAAAACGGAGACAAGUAGUUGUCGAAACGAACAACCACGAAACAUUCUGGAAUAUCAGGAUGAUAUUCCGAUUUUGUUCACGUAGUGCGAUCACUGUUUCUCAUUAUUGCAGCAUUCUUCGUGCGAUAAGAUCACUUCUUCCGACAUUCUUCCUCUAGUUCGUAGCUGGAACUUCAAGAAGGUUCCAUUCAAGUUUCAUUAAUUCAAUUCAACUAAUUCAAUUAAUUUAACAGACCCAACUAGGAUGAAAAUUUCAUACAUCUCAAGUUUUUUCAUCAUGGACUUACCGAUCUUUUCGUUGUGUCGAUUUAAAUUUUCAUGAUUAUGUAGAAUGUUAUGUUCUAAUGACACAAUACUGUCUCUCUGCUUGCUUUCACAUGAAGCGUCUCUGCAAACAAAUAUGAAAUAGUUUCGGCACUUCAGACAUAUUCGAUUUUCAACCACAUUUCUAAGAUAUUCAUUUGUAUGCUUGACAUUAUAGGGUUAUUCAUAUCACGAAUAUCUGACAGUUCAUUUCUGUAUAUCUCUUAGAAUGACUCUAUGUUUAAUAUUGGUAGGUAUUGUAUCAGUAUAGAAUUUUAUGAAAUAAUAUAAAAAGUUACGCUUUUGAUGAUUAUGAAGUGAUAGUCAUUUUCUUUCGUUUUUCUUUUUCCAUGUGGUUGUGAUAGUUUUACGGUUUUAUGUAUAUUAUUCCACCUUUAUAUAUAUUUUCCAUAGCUUAUGUAUUAACGUCCGGCUUUAUA